AUGUCUCACAAUAGUGGUAAGAGCAUUGCCAAAGAUGAUACAAAAUUGGCUGACCCAAAAGCGUUUUUGGAGGCCAUGAUGAGUGAGAUGAGUCGUAAUUUGCAUAGAAGGGAAAGAGUUCCACCGAGGGAGGAGGAUGAAGAGCGUUAUGGGUCUGGUUUUGAUGAAGAAGAAGAUCGGGAUUCCAUUGUUAGCAAUAGGAGACCUCGAGGAAGAUUUAGAGAAGCUAGGAAUCGCAAAGAUAACAACUUGGGUGAUAUUAAGAUGAAGAUUCCGUCCUUUCAAGGUAGGUCUGAUCCUGAGGCAUAUCUUGAGUGGGAGAAGAAGAUGGAGUUCGUGUUUGAUUGCCAUAAUUACUCCGAGACAAAGAAGGUAAAAUUAACCGUGAUUGAAUUUUCUGAAUAUGCUAUUACUUGGUGGGAUCAGUUUGUGAUAAACAGGAGGCGGAAUAGAGAACACCCAAUAGACAUAUGGGAGGAGAUGAAAGUAGUGAUGAGAAAGCGAUUCGUUCCAAGUUACUACUACCGAGAGUUGUACAAAAAGUUACAAGGUCUUAGACAAGGGAGUCGAAGCGUAGAGGAUUACUACAACGAGAUGGAGAUUGCUAUGAUCCGCGCUAAUGUAGAGGAGGAUCGGGAGGCUACAAUGGCUAGAUUUUUGCUUGACUUAGACCGGGAGAUCCAUGAUAAGGUAGAGAUGCAGCAUUAUGUGGAAUUGGAAGAUAUGGUGCAUAUGGCUAUCAAAGUGGAACAACAACUCAAGAGAGGGAAUGGGACACGUGCAGGCCAUAACUAUAGUUCUACCUCUUGGAAAUCGAGUCAUGCUAAGCCGCUGGACAAGUCACAAAUGCCCAAACCCGAGCCCAAGUUCGCGACCACCAGCCACGUUCCUCAAGGUAAAACCGAAGCCUCUACCUCUAGGAAUCGUGAUAUUAAAUGUUUUAGAUGUCAAGGCAGGGGCCACAUAGCAAGUCAAUGUCCAAACAAGCAAGUCAUGGUGUUGCAAGCCAAUGGUGAAAUUGUGACCGAUGAUGAAGAUUCCGACACCGACGACAUGCCGCCAUUAGAGGAUGUUUCCGAGGAGGAGUAUUUAGUCUUUGGCGCAUUGACAUUGGUGGCGAGGAGAGCAUUGAGCUUGCAAGCAAAAGGAGUUGAUAAAAUACAGCGGGAGAAUAUCUUUCACACUAGGUGCUACGUUAAAGACAAGGUAUGUAGUGUGAUUAUUGAUGGUGGUAGUUGUACUAAUGUUGCAAGCACAAUUAUGGUGGAGAAAUUGGGAUUGCCCAUGGUAAAGCACCCUAGACCGUACAAGUUGCAAUGGCUAAAUGAUAAUGGUGAGAUCAGGGUGAACAAGAAAGUGUUAGUUGCAUUUCGAAUCGGUAAAUACAAAGAUGAAGUGUUGUGUGAUGAGUACGAGGGUGUCUUCCCCGAGGAAACACCACAUGAGUUACCUCCAAACUGA